CACACACACACAGCAGCAAGCCAACAGGAUGAAUCUGACGUGCUUGUCAUGAGAUAGUGAGUCACGUAGUAGAUAUUCAAUUCCACCUUAGAACCAGUUUCACUUUCAUACACAGCUCGAGACUAGACAGAACUUCAUCCGAAUACUAACUUCUUGAAACUCACGGAACCAUGAGUCCCAGAAAUACAAGCAAAAAUGUCUCUCACGCUGACAGCUCAGCCUUAAAGAGCCCACCGAAACAAAGGCAUAUCAACAAAGGUUCCACCCUAAAUCCCUCUAAUGGCUUAGGGGACUCAGGAACCAGCAGAGCGACGGCCAGCCAGGCCAGGGAAGCAGGAGCAAACACAGACACACGUUAUGCCAAGAAGAAUAUCCCUACUGUCAGAUAUCAUCCUGACAUCGCACAGAAGAGACCUGAGGCCCAUCAGCAUAGUCAUAGCCCUGACAAGAGCAGCCAGGUCAGGGGUAAGCCUGUGGUCUCUCCCCCCAGGACCAAUCAGGAUCAAAUAAAAUCGAAUAAAAUCAGCAGAGCCCCGGCCAGCCAGGCCAGGGGAGCAGGAGAAAAGACCACAGACACACGUUACGCCAAAAGGAACAUCCCUACUGUCAGAUAUCAUCCUGACAUCGCAGAGAAGAGAGCUGAGGCCCAUCAGCAUAGUCAUAGCCCUGACAAGAGCAGCCAGGUCAGGGGUAAGCCUGUGGUCUCUCCCCCCAGGACCAACCAAGUUGGGGGGAGCUCCAUGGUCUCUCCCCUCAGGCCCAAAGCACUGCCCCUGAGGUUAGGUCAGAAAGUAGAGGUGGAGGCGGUGGAGCUCCAGACCCGGGGCCAGAGAGAGAACCCCAGCUGGUUCUCCUGGCGUCAGAGCCGAAUCACAGCGUCGGUCGCUCACCGACUCGCCCAUAGCCGCUUCGUUACUGGCCAGAGCAUGACCCCGCCGGCUUCCUACCUGGCCGCCAUCACAGGUCGCGGCCCCAACGUCAAGACCCGCGCCAUGACCUGGGGCAUUGAGCGGGAAGCCGAGGCCGUGCGGAGAUAUCAGAGCCUGAAGAGCAAGACCCUGGGCCGGGCGGUGAGGGUGCAGGAGUGUGGCUUGUUCAUCGACCCCCAGCGCCCCUGGCUAGCAGGCAGUCCUGAUGGCAUCGUAGAGGACCAAAGGACCGGCCAACGGCUGCUCUGCCUAGAGGUCAAGUGUCCCUACAAGCACCGUCAGAACACUGUAGCCCAGGCCUGUAGAGAGGACCCAGCCUUCUGCCUGAUAAUACAGGACCAGGGGGAGGAGGGGGAACAGGUGAGGUACCAUCUGAAGCCAGACCACAGCUAUUUCACCCAGAUCCAGUGCCAGCUGGCGGUGACAGGGUUAACCCAGGCUGACCUAGUGGUGUUCACCCUGAAGGAAACAGCCAUUGUCCCGGUGACCUUUGACCCUGUGUUCUGGGACGACACCCUGGCCAAGCUGGAGAUGUUCUACACCGAUGCUGUCCUGCCCUACAUCAGAGACUUACCAGAUAUGAGGCCGGAGGAGUAGCUAGCUUGUUCAGGAUGUGACUAGCUGGUUCAAGAUGUCAGAUAUGGAAGUCCUGAGACAAACUGUAGUUGUGUCUGUGUUAAAGGACUGGUCUGGGUUGUGUCUGUGGUAAAGGACUGGUCUGGGUUGUGUCUGUGGUAAAGGACUGGUCUGGGUUGUGUCUGUGGUAAAAGGCUAUGGCGACUGCAGGCUUGGAGACUUUAACCUAUUACUUAGGUUAAAGUUACUGUCAAAUAUUACUGUCAAAUAUUUGAAUGUAAAUAAACCAUGCCUGCCUUACAUCUCAGAUACCUGGAGCUGAUUUCAUGUGAGCAGAGAUCAACCUAUUACUGAACAAAAAUAUAAACACAACAUGCAACAAUUUAAAAAUAUUUGACUGAUUUCAAAGAAGGAAAUCUGUCAUUUUAAAUAAAUGAAAAGGGCCUAAUCUAUGGAUUUAACAUGACUGGGCAGGGGCACAGGCCCA